CCUCUCUGACGUCACUUCCCUCGCGCGGGAUUACGCUAAAACUGCUGCUAUCCAGCUGACAGGCGAGAACAAUCCCGAACCCUAAAACAGCUUUUCGGUGUCAGCAGGCAACCCGGAGCUGUUCGGGAGUUUCUGAUCGAUCUUCUCACCGAUGAAGCUUUUCUCCAUUGCUCCUCGAUGAAGUAGGCUGCUAGCUGUUGACAUCGUAGCAGGUCGGAGUUUUCCUCUGGUAUGCGCCUAACCCUCCAUGCUCGGCCUGCCCUCAGCCUUCAGGAGCCAUGAAGCUGCAGUGCGAUGUGGAGGUGGUUAACCGGAUGCUCCCGUCGUUCGGGAUGAAAAGUAGGGGAAAGGGCGUGAGAGCGGUGGUCUCCAUCGGGAAGCAUUUGGACAAGUCGAGUCAGCGCAGUAACAUCUACAUGAUGAUCUGCACGGCCAAAGACAGAACUGGGUCAAAAUAUAAGCUGAGAAACAACAUAGAGAAGUUCUUCACUUGGUUUGUAGAGGAGGGCAAAGCAACUGUGAGGCUAAAGGAACCAGCUGUUGAUGUUUGUCUGAGUAAGGCCGAUGCAAACAGUUUGAAAAACUUCCUGUCAGCAGCGCGUUUGGCCGACCGAGGGAGCGACACGAGCAGCCUUCCUCUGUCCACGCUUACUCCGGUUCGAGCCAGAGAUGUGGAGCAGCCGAAGAAAAAGCUGUCAGUCAUGUCCAAGAAGGAUUACCCACUCACCUCCAACUUCCCGUAUUCUCUGGAGCAGCUGCAGGUGUCCUACUGCAAACUGUCCCGGGUGGACAUGCGCAUGCUGUCCCUCAAAGCUCUCCGCAGGCUGGAUCUGAGCAACAACCACAUCAAGAAGCUGCCCGCCACCAUCGGUGACCUCGGCUGCCUCUCUGAACUCAUCCUACACAACAACCACCUGGAGGCCUUCAGCGAAGCCCUGUGCUUGUCCACGCUGCAGCAGACCCUCCAGGUGCUGGACCUCAGCCAGAACCGGCUGCAGUCCCUCCCCGCCCGGUUCUGUCAGCUCAGAGAACUGAUGAACCUCAAGCUGGACGACAAUAAACUCGCGGGUUUGCCACUCCAAAUCGGCCGGCUCUCGAAGCUGAGGUUCCUGUCCGCUGCUCACAACCAGCUGACGGUUCUGCCCGCAGACUUCUUUAAGCUGAGUCUGGAGAACUUGGAUCUGUUUGGGAAUCCGUUUAUCCAGCCCAACCCUUUGGACCACACCAUGCAACUCGCCUUCCCCCUUCCACUACAGGAGAUUGCCUCCAGAGCUGUAGCUGAUCUCAGAAUCCCGUACGGUCCUCACCUCAUCCCGGCCCACUUGUGUGGAGAACUCGAAGCGGCCAAGACGUGCGAGUGCGGGCGCGUCUGUGUCAGCUUCCACAUCAAGACGGCAGUGAGCAUGAACCUGCACCAAGUGUCUCACACGGUCGUGUUGGUGGAUGACAUGGGCGGCACGGAUGCACCGGUGCAGCAGCACUUCUGCUCUCUCUCCUGUUACUCCGAGUUUUUAGACGGCUGUCUUCAGCGAGGCCUGAGAUGAGGAAAGACACCUUAAGUGGUCAAAAACAUUACAAAACUCUGCAAAAGACCUUGUUACAUUGUUUUAGAGGAUAAAUGGAGGCAGCUGGGGUAGUUACAGCCUAGAAUCUUCCUGACGAUGGCUUUAGGUGACUUUUGUUUGUUUUUAAAAGCGCUUUAUUCAGCUGGUUUUACACCUACAUGCUCGGUUUUAUUAGAGUAGUGUUGACUAUUAGAAACAAUGCAUUUCUACUGCACUGCUGUGAAAAUCUCAAACGUUAUCCUUCUCUCCUCCUCAUAUAUCAGACUUCAGGUUCCUCUACUGAACUACAUCUGCGAGACGGGGGAAUAAAGAAAUAAGCACAGCACAUCAGGGUCCAACAAGGAGGCUAUUAUUAAAGCUGCACUCGUCAGGCUUUUCCUGAUUGAUUUUUUUAAAUAAUUUUUUUAGGUCAAUUACACAUAAAGGAGGAAAACAAAUGUUCUACAGUUUUUUUUUAUAUAUAUAUAUAUAUAUAUGGAGUGUUGACCUUUUACUGAUUUUUACCAAACCCAAAAAGUGCCUGAAAGUUCAUGUUUUGGUUUAUGUUGUGAAGACUGAAAAACAGAGGAAUUUCUUAGCUUUGAUCCAUUUAAUAAUUAGAUAAAAGUUUCAUAUUUUUCCAUAUUUGACCUGCCCAACAAGGGGAAAUUGGUCACUUCCAGUAUUUGAAUGAUUUGUUGGUGCAUCUCUAGUGAUUAAGCUUGUAAAGUCCAUGGAUUUUUAUAAAGAAUAAAAGUAUUCAUUGUUAUA